UUAAGACCUUGACGCCCGCACACAUCCCUUGCUCUCACUGGGGCCUCACACACUCUGAACCUCUCUCCGGUCAGGUCGAACCCGCCGUGCCGCCGUCGCCGCUGGGCUGAGAAGCGCUCCUCCUCCUCCAUGGACUACAGGUACUGCAUGACCCUCAGGAUGAACAUCGACUGCAACGGGUGCUACCAGAGGAUCCGGAGGGCGCUCCUCCAGAUCAGAGAGCUGGACAGCCACCUGAUCGACAAGAGGCUCGGCCGGGUGAUGGUGUGCGGCGCCUUCAGCCCGCAGGACGUGGCCAUCAAGAUCAGGAAGCGGACCAACCGCCGCGUCGAGAUCCUCGACGUCAGGGAGGCCGCGCCGGCGUCCCAAGACGGCGGCCCAGGCCCCAUGCCCUGACAGAGCGCCAGCUGAAGCCUGUGGAGCGAGACCUGCUGUUCUUCUCGCAGCACCAGAAGAUGUUUGUGGCUGUCAUAUUUUACCUUCGUGUAACUUAGGAACCCUGCACCAUUUUGUUCUGUAAGGCUUGUUGGCAUAGCCAGAAAAGAUUCAGCAUUUCAUUUCAGUCACAACUUAAGGUAGCCAUACCAGUACUAUUUCCAUAACGGUUGGUGAUGACCAUUCUACAAUUCCACCGUAGAGCAGGAGUUCAGAGACCAUAUGACCGAACAGAUAGGCUACAUGAUCUUCCCUUUCAA